UCAACUUCAAGUUCACCCGAGACGCAUUACCAGGGCUUUCGUCGAUCGACAAAUUCAGCCUCCAAACAACAACUGAUACACGAGACCAAGGGCGAUAGCCAAACCGAUCAUCAUAAUGGCUGACGGCGCUGGUAUUGACCGCAAGGCCGAUGAGAAAAUCCAGUUUUCGACCUCGAAAGAGGUCACGGUCCAUCCGACCUUUGAGUCCAUGUCGCUGAAGGAAAGCCUUCUUCGCGGCAUCUACGCCUAUGGAUACGAAUCGCCGUCUGCCGUCCAGUCCCGCGCCAUCGUCCAAAUAUGCAAAGGCCGCGACACCAUCGCCCAGGCACAGUCCGGUACGGGUAAGACGGCGACGUUUGCUAUCAGCAUGCUUCAGGUUAUAGAUACCGCCGUGCGCGAGACCCAGGCGCUUGUUCUAUCCCCGACCCGCGAACUUGCGACACAAAUCCAGAGCGUUGUGAUGGCGCUGGGCGAUUACAUGAACGUGCAGUGCCACGCCUGCAUUGGCGGCACCAACGUGGGCGAGGAUAUCCGCAAGCUCGACUAUGGGCAACACAUCGUCUCAGGUACCCCUGGCCGUGUUGCUGACAUGAUCCGCCGGCGCCACCUCCGCACACGCCACAUCAAGAUGCUCGUGCUCGACGAGGCCGACGAGCUGCUCAACCAGGGCUUCCGUGAGCAGAUCUACGACGUGUAUCGCUAUCUGCCGCCUGCCACCCAGGUCGUUGUUGUCUCGGCUACAUUACCCUACGACGUGCUCGACAUGACCACCAAGUUCAUGACGGACCCCGUCCGCAUUCUCGUCAAGCGUGAUGAGUUGACGCUCGAGGGGCUGAAGCAGUACUUCAUCGCUGUUGAGAAAGAAGACUGGAAGUUCGAUACGCUAUGCGAUCUCUACGAUACCCUCACCAUCACCCAGGCCGUCAUCUUCUGCAACACACGGCGCAAAGUCGACUGGCUCACAGACAAGAUGAGAGAGGCCAACUUCACAGUCAGCAGCAUGCACGGCGAUAUGCCGCAAAAGGAGCGCGACAGCAUCAUGCAGGACUUCAGGCAAGGCAACAGCAGAGUGCUCAUCUCGACUGACGUCUGGGCUCGCGGUAUCGACGUCCAACAGGUCAGCUUGGUCAUCAAUUACGACCUGCCCAGCAACCGUGAGAACUACAUUCACCGCAUCGGUCGUUCUGGUAGAUUCGGCCGUAAGGGUGUCGCCAUCAACUUCGUUACUAGCGAAGAUGUGCGCAUUCUGCGGGACAUUGAGUUGUAUUAUUCGACUCAGAUUGACGAGAUGCCUAUGAACGUGGCGGACCUUAUUUCUUGAUUUGCAACGCCGUUGGGCCAGUUUGAGAAGAGAAGCUAUUGCUCGCGUCCAGUCCGCUGGACGCUCAGCUCAACUAAAAUGGUUGUGGGAGGAAAGGGGACACAAUCGUUCAAGCUGUCAUAUCGAGAUUGUACCAAAAUUUGUGCGCCGAGUUGGCGUUUCAGGGGCGCGGGACGGCAAAGCCUCCCCACGGGGCAAGAGCCAUUCCGUUAUUUUCGCUAUGGGUCUCGACAGGCAUAUCGGGG